AUGCUGAAACAGCACCACCGCGAUGGGACCGACCCUCCGGAAUGGCUCAUGUAUAUUGUGCUGCCCGCCAGCUCGCGAAAGCAUACCAACUAAUUUUGCUCAACAGCAAUCACCCAUCCCGUCUCAGCAAUUAGUAAAAGAUUUUUCGCCUAAAUCCGUAUAGACCCCACGAGAAGUCGACAACACCAGCAGGACUAGCGACCCUCUCGUGAUGCCGAAUGCCUCACCUACACUCUCUACUGUUCGCACUGAUGAACGCCCGUCAGCGCACACUGCGGGUACGUCUGCUCGUUUCGUCUUAAACCCCGCAGACCUACCCAAAGAUCUUGUUUUUUCAGGGGCACCUGGGCAAGAUAUUGUAGAACUUUUGGCGCAAUACCGUGCGCGUGUGACAAUGAACUCAGUAGACAGCUGCCCGGACCAUGUAGUCGACCAACGUGCUGUGCGAUACCUCCCGCUUCUUCUGCGAGGGGCUGCGUAUGACACCCUGU